GUUGCCAUCGCCAGAAGGAACGAUACAGGAAAAGUGCAGGCAGCUUUUCAUUCAUCUUUGCUUUAUUAUUAAACAUCAUGGCAUGUGAUGAUCACUUAUAUUCGUGCGUAAAGCUGCUGCUGGUGUGCGCGUUCCUGUGUGCGUCUCGCGCCUCCGCCGACAGAACCAAAACAUUGGACUUCGAUGUCAAACCUGGAGGGGUUGUGCACACUUUCUCCGGCAAAAUCAAAAAGUAUGAAUGUAUCUUUACCUAUGCAUCUCAAGGAGGAACCAAUGAGCAAUGGCAAAUGAGUGUUGGUCUCAGCGACGACGAGCAGCUGUUCUCCUGUUCAGUAUGGAGGCCCCAGGGGAAGUCUUACCUGUUUUUCACCCAGUUCAAAGCAGAGAUAAAAGGAGCCAAGAUCGAGUACGCCACCGCAUAUUCCCAGACGGCUGUGGGUGGACAAAGAGAUGUUGCGUUAAAAGAAGAAGAGUACAUUGUGUCCGAGUCCACAGUGACUCACCGAGAUGGAAAAUUCCAUUCUGAGCUCGCAAAGCUUACUGUCAUCGGUCGGACGCGCCACGAUGAGCUCUGAUUGGACGAUCCUCAAAAGGAUUGCCCGGCACGUAAGGACAUUGGACAACUACGGAAGCUCUGCCAAUUGACUGUGCGCUGACAGGGAAAUCGAGUCACAGAAAGCGUGGGGCUUGUCUUUUGACAAAACGUCUACAAAGUUGGCAGCGUUACGUGACGACGCUUACUGGACUGAUAAUAAAAGGGACAAUUUAAGUAGACAAAAAGUCUAUUAGAGACAGGAAAAAUAAUGUACAUCUUUUCGUAUUGUCCAAAGUAAGUUAAUGAAGGGUUGUUAUUUGAAUGAUUUCAGAGAUAAGUUAGCUCAGAACUUUUUUUUGUGUUCUAGUCGGAUUUUCUUGCUCUCAUAUGCUCAUGCUUACCUUCUGAUCUUCUGAUGUCGUUGAGCUUCUCAUUGAGAAUUCCCACGAUGUUUUCAGGCUUUGUCAGAAUCCUUUGAUUUUUACUGUGGUGGAGGAAAAAAGAGAAAAAGUUACUUUCUUUUCCAAUCAUGCUUUAUGUUGUACUGGUCUAUAAUAAAUCUGUUCAAAACAUUUGUUUUUUUUAUUU